AUGUCCUUUGGUGGAAUUAAUACCCUGCAACAAUAUUCCUCUGAUUUUGGAUUGGGCCAUAAUGGCGUUAAGAUUUCCUUAAACUAUUUUGAUGGUAUACCCGAACCAUCACUUUUAAAUGCAUUGGAAUCUAAUGAAUUGAAGUUGAUCUUCAAAUCUCUUUUGAAAAGGGAUGAAGUUACAAAGGAAAGGGCAUGUACAGACCUACUCAAAUUGAUACAAGAUUUCCAAAAUAAUGAAUACCUCUUCGAUAGUGAUAUAUUUUCACUAUGUUGGUCCCAAGUGUAUGCCAAACUACUUAUGAGCGAAUCUAAAAAUAUUAGAUCACAAUCGCAUCAAAUCACAACCAGUUUGAUUAGAUUGUUGAAUAAAAGAAUCGCCAAAUUUCUAAAGGAUUUGAUACCAUUGUUACUAAUGGGUACCUGUGAUACGGAUGCAUCUGUGAGUAAAAGUUGUAAAAGCUGUCUAUCUCAAUCAUUCAACAAUGAUCCGCAAAAAAUUCAUACUCUCUGGACUGUGUUCCAUGAACAAAUUUUACGGUUGGCAAAAGAAGCCAUUGUAAUUGAGAAUGAAGGUACCUUAUCUGAUGAAAGGUACGUUAGUAAGGAAAAUUCACAGUUGAGAUACCAUAGAGUGAUGACGAGCGCCGUGUCUCUUUUGAAUCAAUUAAUCAAAUUGAACAGUAAUUCCAUGGAUGAACACAAGAGUACUUAUAGAGCUAUUUUUAAAGAGGAGAGUCUGUGGAAAUUGUUCAACCUUAAGGAUACACAUAAUUUAAGGACCUAUGCAGCCGUUUUAGAUCUUCUGCAAAUUCUUUAUUCCGUAAAUUACAUUACUGCUCAUAAGGAAACCUUCAAAUUGGCAUCUAAAUCUUUCUUCAAAUCUCUGGCACAAAUCACUCCUAAAAAUGUGUUAAAAGUUUCUCAUAUUGUCCCUGUCAUCGUUAGAGUUCUUACCGACCUCGACGGUUAUAAAGAUGGUAGAGUAUGGUCAUAUGAAAAGAGUUCCGUGGAAAAAUUGCAGUCUUUCUUGGCGGUUAGUUGCAUAGCUACCUCCCCUGGUUACUACAAAGCAAUUUUUGACUUGUACGAAAGAACGUCUACUCACGAAUUAUUGGAUUACGAGAAGGAUUGGUUCCCCAUUUGGAGGAAAAGCGUUGAAUCUUUAAAUGGGAAGUUGGUCCUGGGAAGAUUUGGUGGUGAGUGUCUUGCUGAGUGUUGGACUUAUUACCAAAAAUUUUCUCAAAAGGGUCAACUUGAUCAAAAUCUGGUACGCUCGGACGUAUUAAGUACUUUGAACAACGGUAAAUCUCUUUCAAGAUUACCAGAUUUGAAAAUAGCCCUUUCUGGCGCUUUACCUGCAGAAUUCUUGGCUAGCAAGAUAAAGGAGAUCAUAGUUUCUCCACAGGAACAGAAGGGUAAGCCGCACUACCUAGAGAACUUAUUGCAACUAUUGUCCGAGACUUCUAGCAACGAAUCUGCUCUUCAUGACCUAUUUGAAUUUUUGUUCCACUCUCUGUCCAACGAAACGGAGAACUUUACUGAACAACGAAAGGAUGAGUUAAAAAGUUACAAGUUCUUCAUCAAUACCAAACUGGAAUUUUUAUCUGAUGAGAUCUCCAAGUUCAUUUACGAAUUACCCACUUGGAUUGAUGAAAAGUCUUACGAUCUACUCUCCUCCAUCGUCGUGGAUUUUUCUAAUUCUGUCUUCUUUGAAAAGACAGAAGAUCCUGUCACAUUGCUGGAGGAUUUCUUUUUAGCAUCUUCCAAUGCAAAUGUGCCAAAAAAACAAAUAGCUAAAGUUUUAGCCAAAAUAAACGAUAAUGCAUUUCAAAAGAUUUCCGGUGCUGAUUAUGUUAAAGAUUUUGUGCAAGACUAUAUUAAAUCGUACCAGUACGAUGAUGAUGGAGACCUUUUCAAGAGUCGUUUCAUUACCAAAGAAACUAUUGUCCCAUUCUAUGUAUCCGCACAGCAGGACAAAAGGUUAGCUGAAUUCUGUAAGCACAUUUCGCACUUGAAUCCAGAAGCCAGGAACAUUCUCUUCGAGCAUACAGACAUAUUUUCUUCUUCUCUCUUCACACUAUCAAAAGAAAAUUCACAAAAUUUGUUUGACAUAGCAUUACCUUAUGCUAAGGAAAGCGAUAAAGUUGCUGAGACAAUUGCGAAGACCUUAGUAGAGCAUGCAAGCCAAAAGCUACCUGAUGGAUUUGGGAAUGACUGUUUACUUUAUGCCCUAAAAUUAUUGGAAGCUAAUUCGUCUGUUAUCCGUAUUUUCUCUCCACAGGAUAAAUUUGAAUUUUUCGGUAAAUCCCUUCCUUUUAUUGAUUAUAGAUUUGCUUUGGUAAACGGAUUGGGGCUGAAUAUGCAUCUUAUGGAUUUAUCUACCGAACAACUAGAGUUGUCUAAAUUAGAGAGGUUCAUCAAUUAUACUUUUUUCCUUGACUCACUGCUCGAAAGGCUUCCAGGACUAGUUAGUGAUGACGAUGUUAUAUUUUGUUCAAUGGUUUCAGAACUAGCAGGAGAUUUCAAUUGCAUUUCACCAAACCCCAAUGAUUCCUUUUAUGAUUUUAAAAAUACGUUAUUCAAAGCGGGGACCAAGUUUGAUUUUGCAAAACUAGUUGAGCAAUUGGUUGAAAAGACUCCAAAUGAAGAGUCAAAUAUGAUAUCCACCUUGAAAGCUGAGUCCGCUUAUCCAUCAGUGAUUCUUUACAAGUAUCGGAUUUUGCAUAAAAUAUUGUUAAAUGAAGUGGAACUCGUUUCUCAGGCCUCCUUCAAUAAUUGUGUUCGCCCCAUUGAAUCGUUUGUCACUUCCGUCGUAAGAGGUAAAGAUGAAAAUUCAAACGCAUAUUUUUUGGCAUCUGUAAUUCUAUCAAGUCUUCAAAAAUUUGGUAGUUCUGAAUCUUUAUCAAAACUGAGAACUGUAUUGGCUUCUGAGUGUAUUGGAGCUGGUGCUACCGAUGUAAUCAAAAAGACUCACAAAUCUAUCAUUCUAUUAGACAACCUGUUGGACUUUGAAACUGAGUCAAAUGAAGGGGUUAUACCCAUCGCAUUGCAGAGAAUGAAUAUGGUUUUAAACUCGAUGAACAAGUGGUUAGAUAGUGACCUCGCAUAUGAAAGGGAAUUCAGUGCUACAAGAUUGUCACUGUUGAAGUUCUUGACAUCUUCAUUAAAGUUUCCAGCUGUUAAAGAGCAGCUAACCACGAUUUUUGAAAUCUCUAGAAGAUUGUUGGCAGACUCCUUGUCCAUGUGUCAAUUGGAAGAAACGCCCUUUUUGUUAGAAUUGAGACUGUACUCUGUGAAUUUAUAUUUGCAAUUGAGCAAAUUUGACAAGACAUUGUGGACUUCUGAAGAUGAUGAAGAAACGAACAACAGCCUGAUCGAACUGUGCUUCUUGGAAUUUACUGGUGAAGAGAACAACCAGGUUUCUUCCGUAUUUUACCGUACAUUCGACAAAGCAUUGAAUACACUACCACUCAAAAGUUUAGCACCAUACUUUGAUCAAUUUUUUGAGAGCAUUUUGAACACUGAUAAGGAUAAAUUCAUUAAUCGUCUACGUUUGCAAGUACAUGCCUUGACUAAAUUGAUUUUUGAGAGGCAACAAGAAGCUGUUAUUGAAUAUGAAUUCAGUAGGCAACAACAGGAUAAAUCAAAGGAUGAUGAUAAUGAAGAGGAUACUGCGUAUCAGCAAUCUUUCAAAAUUCCACAAAGUCUUUUGUCAAAAUUGAACGAUGAUAUUCCAGAAGACUAUCUGGAGUAUGAAAACCAGUAUGGAUUCCUCAAAUAUCUAUGGUACUGGGGUAUAACGUUGUCUUAUUUCCACGAUGUUUCCUACAACCUUCGUCAACUGUACAUUGACCAAUUAAGGAGAGAAGACCUAUUGACUAAAGUGUUAGACUUUUUAGCCGAUCAAAUUGAUUUGCAGGACACUAAAUUCUGGGCAGACGCCGGCUCUCAAGUGAUUCUAAAUUACGAAAUUACCGAAAAUGGGUAUUCGCCUUACAAACAUGAUAUUUUCGUGGAGUGUAAGCAACUAUUGGGUCAUUUCAUGUAUGAUCUUUUCAACAAUAUCGGUUCUUUGUCGAGUAGUUGGUGGUUAAACAUCAAGGAUAAGUCCUUGCAAUUGAAAAUUGAGAAAUUUGUGUCGAAUUUUAUUUCUCCAAUUUCCAUCAAUCAUGAAUUGGAAAACGUCGAGUCUAAGAUUGAACGUCUCACAGCUAAGGACGAUUCUUUAACAAUUAAAAUCAAUAAAGUGACUAAUGAAGUGAAAGCAAGCUAUUUGAUUGAUGAGCAAAAGUUGGAACUGUCCUUUAAACUUCCUUCCCAUUACCCUCUAACUAACGUCCAAGUGAUUGGUGUCUCUCGUGUGGGUAUUAGUGAACAGAAGUGGAAACAAUGGAUCAUGUCCACUCAGCGUGUCAUUACUGGUAUGAAUGGUUCUGUUGCAGAUUCUUUAGAGCUUUUCACCAAGAAUGUCAAUUUACAGUUCUCUGGAUUUGAAGAGUGUGCCAUCUGUUACUCUAUUUUGCAUGCUGUGGAUAGGAAAUUGCCUACGAAGACCUGCCCCACUUGUAAUAACAAGUUCCACGGUUCAUGUCUUUACAAAUGGUUCAGAUCCUCAGGUAACAAUACCUGUCCUCUGUGCCGUGGGGAGAUUCCAUUCAGAAGAUAA